AUGAAGACGAACUAUAUUUUAUUCCUUUUUGUACUUGGAGUCUAUCUUGUGGAAUCUCAACAGAGCUUGAUAACGCGAGCGAAAAGGCAAUGUCCGUGUGCACAACUGUCCCAGAAGUCGAAAUGUAACUGUUAUCCGAUUGGAGGGGGAAUGCAAAGAUGUAAAUGUUCGAAUGAACCACAAUCCAGUUCAUGCUCAUGUGCCAAUAAAGCUCAAACAUCAGUUUGUCAGCCACAAUGUCAGAAGUCUUGUGUAGAUUCCUGCACGAGAAACUCCCAUCAACCACAGAUUUUGUGUGAUAAAACGUGUCAGUUCACAUGCAACAAAGCCUGUACUCCAUCAUCCAGCAGCUCAUCUUCAUCUAGUUUCCCUCCAAUCAAGGUUGUGGUCAAUCAACAAACAAAAGCCUCUCAAUGUCCGCAAGCUUGCGCUCAAUCCUGUAGCAACAGUUGUACAACUCAACCGAACAAGUCGACUUGCAUCAAUAUGUGCUUGAAAUCCUGUGAACCAACUUGUAUUCAAGCGGCUGUCUCUAUUAAUGUCAAGGAAUUUAUGCGUACUUCGACUACGACCGCUGCUCCAGUCAAUGCAUGUGUUCCUGCUUGUCAACCAACUUGUGAUGCCCAAUGCAUUGAUGUAAUGAAACGAUACGAAGUGAUUAUUCAGAAGUUGCCCGUCGUUCAACAAUGUCCUUCUCAAUGUCAACCAACCUGCUCUCCACAAUGUAUUCAAUCAGUGGCAGUUUCCAUUCAAACGACAGUUCAACCAACAACUGCUUCCUGUAUUCCUGCUUGUCAACCUUCGUGUACUCCACAAUGUGUUCAAGCAGUUACAACUACCACUGAAACUUGUAUUCCAGCUUGUCAACCAGCUUGUCAACCACAAUGUGUUGAGAGACAGCUUCAAAUCCAGAUCGUUACUGCAGGAACAACAAGAGCACCAGAGACUUGUAUUCCUGCUUGUCAACCAGCAUGUCAGCCACAAUGCGUCUAUCAAUACCUAUCGUCUGGAAUCUCAACUGUUCCACCAGUCACUAAAAUCUGUAUUUCCGUUUGUCAACCUGCGUGUGAUCCAGGAUGUGUUGCCAUCUACACAACAUCUCCAACAACUCCAGCUCCACUUCAAUGUGUCUCUCAAUGUCAGCCAGCAUGUCUUCCAUCUUGUACUGACACCUUCACAACGACCAUCUCAAUACCAAAACAAUGUGUUCCUGAAUGCCAGCCAGCAUGUGAAACCAAGUGCAUUGUGGCACAAAUUGUUCUGAAAAUCAAGAGUAGUUAUCAACAACAAACUCAACAAUACUCUCCACCGGCAGCCUCGUGUGUCCCACAAUGUCAACCAUCUUGCACUCAAGAAUGUGUUUCUGCUCAACCAAAUUUCGCAGUUCAAAUCAAAAUGAUUGAUGAUUCGACGACUACAACUCCAUCACCACAAUGUAUUCCACAAUGUCAGCCGUCUUGUGAACAACAAUGCAUUCAGACUUACAAAAUUCAAAUUCAACAAAUGAAUGCUCAACAGAAUCAACAACGUCAAUACAAUUGUGUUCCAGCAUGUCAGCCAGCUUGUGAGCAAUCGUGUAUUCAAUCUCAAUACCAAGUAACUAUUCAACAAUCUUAUUCGAAAGUGAAUCAAGGAAACAGCUGUCCAUCGGCAUGUCAACCGGCCUGCGAACCUCUUUGUGUACAACAAAUCACUGUUCAAACAACCAUUCCGAUCACAAAGAGCUGUGUUCCUCAAUGCCAACCGGCAUGCUCUCAAGAAUGUGUUCAACAGGCUACCUUCUCAAUCUCAAUUCCAAUGACCACUGCAGCUCCAUCAUGUUCUCCACAAUGUCAACCAGCUUGUGAUCCACAAUGUAUCAGUUUCACUCUGAAACUUCCAGCAGUCACUACUCCAACUCCAUCUUCUUGCCAACCGCAAUGUCAACCAGCUUGUCAGCCAUCUUGUGUUGAAACCUACACUUUCACUCUUCCAAUGAGUGACCAAAGUUCUAAACAAUGUGCUCCAGCUUGUCAACCAUCUUGUGACUCCAAAUGUAUUCAGAAUUAUCAAUUCGAGAUUGUGAUUCCACAGGCAGACAAUAAUUGUAUGCCAGCUUGCACCCAAUCUUGUCAGACAUCGUGUGUUCAACAAAACAGCCAAAGUGUUCCCCAAUGCAGUACAGCAUGUACUGAUAGUUGCAGAUCUUCCUGUGUUGAAAUCGUGAAAGAAUCUGCUGAACCAACAUUCAAACUGGAGAUUGUCCUUCAAAAACCGAUGGAAGAGACCGUAACCUGUGCUCCACAAUGUGCCAGUCAAUGUGUUGACCAGUGCAAAACACAACUUUUGACUCAAGUUGAAUUCUGUCUUCCAGCCUGUCAGAAUGCUUGUCAACAGAAUUGCCCAUUGCAAGUUGAGCCAUGUGCAAUGAGUGGAUCCCAAUGUAAUUGUUCUACCGGUUUCUCAGUUUGUGGAAACAAUCAAUGCUGUAGAAAGAGAAGACGUUAG